AACCUGGCUUCAGAUGCUCGGAUGAGCUCGAGUCCCGGUGCCACGGCUCGCGCGCGUCGCACCGCCCGCACGUGUCCGACGGAGGACCCCCGAUCGCCGGUCGUGAUCCAUGUCCAUCACACACCUGUGCGUGCGCGUGUCGCCCCCCCGGACGUUCCGCCCUCACCUGUCGCCAUCCUCUCGUCUUCUUGCGCACACGUAGACGCGCAAUAACGGGAACGCGCGGCUUCCGACGGCUGAGAGGAGAGGGGGUUGCGUGUGGAGUCCUCCACGCCCGUAUUAUGUCUGCACUUCGAAAGAAAUUUGGGGACGACUACCAGGUAGUGACCACCUCGUCGAGCGGCUCCGGGUUCAACCAGCCGGCGGCCGAGAAGAAGAAGAAGAGGCAGCGCUUCGUGGACAAGAACGGCCGAUGCAACGUGCAGCACGGCAACCUGGGCGGGGAGACGAGCAGGUACCUGUCGGACCUCUUCACCACGCUGGUGGACCUCAAAUGGCGCUGGAACCUCUUCAUCUUCAUCCUCACCUACACGGUGGCGUGGCUCUUCAUGGCCUCCAUGUGGUGGGUCAUCGCCUACAUCAGGGGGGACCUCAACAGGGCCCACGAUGACAAGUACACGCCGUGCGUGGCCAACGUGUACAACUUCCCCUCGGCCUUCCUCUUCUUCAUCGAGACGGAGGCCACCAUCGGCUACGGCUACAGGUACAUCACGGACAAGUGUCCCGAGGGCAUCAUCCUCUUCCUCUUCCAGUCCAUCCUGGGCUCCAUCGUGGACGCCUUCCUCAUCGGCUGCAUGUUCAUCAAGAUGUCCCAGCCCAAGAAGAGGGCCGAGACGCUCAUGUUCAGCGAGCACGCGGCCAUCUCCAUGCGGGACGGCAAGCUGACCCUCAUGUUCAGGGUGGGCAACCUGCGCAACAGCCACAUGGUGUCUGCCCAGAUCCGCUGCAAGCUGCUCAAAUCACGGCAGACGCCCGAGGGCGAGUUCCUCCCCCUGGACCAGCUGGAGUUGGACGUGGGCUUCAGGACCGGAGCCGAUCAGCUCUUCCUCGUGUCGCCCCUCACAAUCUGUCACGUGAUCGACAGUCGCAGCCCCUUCUACGAACUCUCCCAGAGGUCCAUGCAGACCGAGCAGUUUGAGAUCGUCGUCAUCCUCGAAGGGAUUGUGGAGACCACAGGUAUGACUUGCCAGGCGCGGACGUCCUACACGGAGGACGAGGUCCUCUGGGGUCACCGCUUCUUCCCGGUCAUUUCCCUGGAGGAGGGUUUCUUCAAGGUGGACUACUCCCAGUUCCACGCCACCUUUGAGGUUCCCACGCCCCCCUACAGCGUAAAGGAGCAGGAGGAGGCCUUGUUGCUCUCCUCCCCGCUGACAGCACCCUCCCUGAGCAACAGCGGCGAACGGGACACCUCUCUGGACGGCCUGGAGACGCUGGCCGACGCAGCCACGGAGAGCACCACCAAGCUGCCCUCUAAGCUGCAGCGGAUGACGGGGCGCGAGGGACUGCCGCGGAAGCUACUGCGCAUGAGCUCCACUGCCUCGGAGAUGACCUACAGCUUGGGUGAGCUGCCCGUCAAGUUGCAGCGCAUCAGCUCCGUGCCCGGCGUCUCCGAGGAGCGGCCAGCCGCCGGCAGGGUGGCGCGGCCCAUCGCCGAGCCCAUCAGCCAAUCCGUGGCGGACUUGCCGCCAAAGCUGCAGAAACUGGCCGGGGGAGGAGGGGGAGUGGUCGGAGUGGGGGUCGGGGGACGCAUGGACGGACACCUCCCCCCAAAACUCAGGAAGAUGAACUCGGACCGCUUUACGUAG